UUCAAGUGGAAGGUCGUCCGCCGGCCGGCCGUCGCGUCCUCCCGCUCUCCCCCGGCGGCAGCAUCAUGGCGGAACCGAGCGGCUCGCCCGUGCACGUCCAGCUUCCCCAGCAGACGGCCCCGGUGACAGCGGCCGCCCCGGCUCCGGCUGCCGCGACAGCUACGCCGGCCGCGGCCCCGGCGGCUCCCGCGGCCCCGGCUCCGGCUCCGGCCCCGGCCCCGGCCCCGGCCCCGGCCCCGGUGGCUCCGGCGGUCGGCUGGCCCAUCUGCAGGGACGCGUACGAGCUGCAGGAGGUUAUCGGUAGUGGAGCUACUGCUGUUGUCCAAGCCGCCCUAUGCAAACCCAGGCAAGAACGUGUAGCCAUAAAGCGGAUCAACCUGGAGAAAUGCCAGACCAGUAUGGAUGAACUAUUAAAGGAAAUUCAAGCCAUGAGUCAGUGCAGCCAUCCCAAUGUAGUGACUUAUUAUACCUCCUUUGUGGUCAAAGAUGAACUUUGGCUGGUCAUGAAAUUACUAAGUGGAGGUUCAAUGUUGGAUAUCAUCAAAUACAUUGUCAACCGAGGAGAGCACAAGAAUGGAGUUCUGGAAGAGGCAAUCAUAGCAACAAUUCUUAAAGAAGUUUUGGAAGGCCUAGACUAUCUGCACAGAAAUGGUCAGAUCCAUAGGGAUUUGAAAGCUGGUAAUAUUCUGCUGGGUGAGGAUGGUUCAGUACAAAUAGCAGAUUUUGGAGUAAGUGCAUUCUUAGCAACAGGGGGUGAUGUUACACGGAAUAAAGUAAGAAAAACAUUUGUUGGUACCCCAUGUUGGAUGGCCCCUGAAGUAAUGGAGCAGGUGAGAGGAUAUGACUUCAAGGCUGACAUGUGGAGUUUUGGAAUAACUGCCAUUGAAUUAGCAACUGGAGCAGCGCCUUAUCACAAAUACCCUCCAAUGAAGGUGUUAAUGUUGACCUUGCAAAAUGAUCCACCCACUUUAGAAACUGGAGUAGAGGAUAAAGAAAUGAUGAAAAAAUAUGGCAAGUCCUUUAGAAAGUUGCUUUCACUGUGUCUUCAGAAAGAUCCUUCUAAAAGGCCUACAGCAGCAGAACUUUUAAAAUGCAAAUUCUUCCAGAAAGCCAAGAACAGAGAAUACCUGAUUGAGAAGCUGCUCACAAGAACGCCAGACAUAGCCCAAAGAGCCAAAAAGGUAAGGCGAGUUCCUGGGUCCAGCGGUCAUCUCCAUAAAACUGAAGACGGGGACUGGGAGUGGAGUGAUGAUGAGAUGGAUGAGAAAAGUGAAGAAGGGAAAGCAGCUGCCUCCCAAGAAAAGUCUCGAAGAGUAAAAGAAGAAAACCCAGAGAUCUCAGUGAAUGCUGGCAACAUACCUGAGCAAAUACAGUCCCUCUCUGUGCAUGACUCUCAGGGCCAACCCAAUGCUAGUGAAGACUACAGAGAAGCUUCCUGUGCUGUAAAUCUCGUUUUAAGAUUAAGAAACUCCAGAAAGGAACUUAAUGACAUACGAUUUGAGUUUACUCCAGGAAGAGAUACAGCAGAUGGUGUGUCUCAGGAGCUCUUCUCUGCGGGCUUGGUGGAUGGUCACGAUGUAGUUAUAGUGGCUGCUAAUUUACAGAAGAUUGUAGAUGACCCCAAAGCUUUGAAAACAUUGACAUUUAAGUUGGCUUCUGGCUGUGAUGGGUCAGAGAUUCCUGACGAAGUGAAGUUGAUUGGGUUUGCUCAGCUGAGUGUAAGCUGAUGUAUGUCCCUUACUGUCACCCUGAUCUGUCAUAUCCCCCCACUUCCCUCCACCUCCCUCCCUGCCUACUUCCUCCCACCCCCUCACUCCCAAAUCCCAACAAAAUAAGAAGAUUGUGAAGAGGCUGGCUUCAAUGAAAUGGGAUAAAAAUAUUUUUUUUUUAAACCUACAACACUCUGAGUUCUGCUUUAUUCUCUAGCAACCCACAAAAUGAGACCAAGCAAAUGCCACAACUGCACGACUGUUGCUGAUUUUUCCAAAAGCUAUGUAAUAUUCUGUGCAAUCAAUUCAGAUAGCCCUUAAGUGAAGAGAGUCGGAAAUACACUCAGGUGGUCCUAUUUGUUGACAACAAAAGGAAUUUUCUAGAAGCCUCUAUCCUUUCACAGUUGUCUUUCUGUUAUAAUACUUCAGUUGUAUAUCUGACAAUACUGCCUCUCUUAUGUUGUACUUAGAAAUUAAUAUACUUAUAAAUUUAAGAUUUAUUAGCCAAACUUGAAUUCUAGUUUUAAAACUGACUGUGAAUUUUAUUUUUCAUAUAUUUAUGCUUUACAUACCUUAGCUAUAAGAAGAAAAGGUUUUGAUUAUAUGCUUCUUGCAGUUAAUCUCUUGUUAUUUAAACAAGUUUCAGGACUAUCUUUGGAGUAUUUGUAACUUCUAAUUUUUGAAAUGACUGAAUUAAGAAUUUGGAUGCUUACUCUUUUCUUGUUUGCCUAAAAAACCAGUCCACAAUCUGACUGUCUCUUGGGAGAGGGAGGUGCCUUGCAAACUUUCACAUUAAGAAUGUGCCUGAGGCUGCUAUCCUCUGGAAUAGUCUCAGAUCUAAACUUUCCUCUACAUAAGGUGGCAUAUGUAAGUUUUGCUUCAUUGGAACAUUUAGGAUGCUAUAAAAAUGUUGCCAUUCUGUUAGAUUACUAACUAUAUACCCAUCUCUGAUUUGGCUUUCCUUAAGUGAUAGGAUCUGUUGUUCUAAAGGUGAUAAACUGAAAUUAAUCAGAAUGCAAGUUUUACUUGAAAUCCUGCAGAGUACCCAGGUGGUGUGAAAAGAAUAGAAAGGGUUUUAUGCAGUGACUAAAAGGUAAAAUGCUGUAAAAUUUCAAGAAUAAAUAUUUCCAACCUAAGAACCGUCUGCUUGAGUAUAUAUUAUGGACCUAGUCAGUUUUAGGAUUUUCAGAAUCGGAGUCUAAACUUCCCGGGAGGUGGACUCCCAGGAUGAUGCCAUUGCUCUUCCCUGCUAACUAGACAUGGCAGCUCUUUAAUGUACUUUAAAAAGCAAAUAUAUAUUACUAAGAAAAAAUUAUUUAUAAUUGCCUUGUCAUAAUUGUUAAGGUGUUCUAGAGCCAUUUGCAUACGAUUUAAUGUAAUUUCAUUCCAUUCUAUUGUUUACACAAUUACUCAAAGAUGACUGCAAAGGUAAAAGGACAAUAAAAAUGUAUUGCACAAUGA